AUGUUGUACUCUGAAAGCGACACUGAUGCUGGAGUUCAGAGUGUACUGGAGACCAUCUCUGAUGAGGACAGCGUGGAUGCGCAGGAGAUUUUUACCGAAGCUGUCAUGGACACUCAUGAGCAGGAGGUGUACAAUCAUGCGAGGGCAUUCUUUCACGUCUUUGAGGACCUUGAGGGUCCUUUUCGACGGACCUUUCCAGAUCUCUACAUGCAGAAUUCCUGCGAGGAGCCGGAUUUGACUGAUGUGCUCGAGGGGACGUGUGACGGGGAAAAUACUGUGACAGUGGACGGGAGUUAUGUUGGUCAACACGCCUUAUCGUCGUUAUCACCACUGCCAUCAGCAUCAGUAUCCUCAUGCAAAGGAUAUAUUGGCACAGAGGGUCUGACAAUGAAUUCGUCAGCCGCCACGAGAUUCAUCGAUGCUCAUCCUGGCAAGUGCCUGCUUAUUGCCGUUGAACCCACUAUGAAUCGAGCGGAACUGCGUAAGAAACACAUCGAGGAGUAUCCUGGAAUAGAUUUUUAUGUGGGAUACAUUAACGCUGAGCCCACUGGUUGGGCAUUACUUCUCUCGGUGGAUCCAGCCAUUGUCGAGAAGUUACAAAUUCUGUAUCCAGAUAACCGUUUUGCGACGGACGAUGAUCGGAUGAUGUUCUGUAGGGAGCGGCGUACGGGGAGAAAGGGUGGCUUGACGCUGCCUGAAAGGGCUCUGACUCAGCGCCCUAACCGUGCGCUUACCAAACGUAUGCGAGAUGCCGCAGAGCUUGCACGUCUCAUUGAGACGGUUGGAGGCCCACUAAAGGCCAUUUUUGUCGCCCUCGAUGUGGAAGCCGCAGUUGUGCUUCCAGGUGGAAUUCCGCUUCCGUUGGAGAUGGCGCUGAUUCCUCUUGGCACCGAACAUGAGUUUCAAAGUUUUCACUGCUUUCUUCAUCCUGGUAGAGUUACAGAUCAAGCUACUGCCUGUGCUUUGAGCUGUGGAUACCUGAAGGGAAGCCAUUUCAUACCCUUUCGUAAUGCGAGCUUUCUCCGCCGCGAUUACAUAGAAGUAGCGAGGGUACUUGCUCCUUUUGUAGUCAGUGAGCGUGUCUUUUUUGUAAACCAGGGUUCUACUAUGGACGUUCACGCGCUGCGCUGGGUGUUUGGGGCAGCCUCUGCGAUGGAGGGGAGUGAGUUUCCCAUACCGUCUCUUCAAGAAAUCUAUUGCUUUGACAUUGAAACCGUAACCGAAGUUCUCUCUCGGGGUGGUGGAGACGGCGGGACUAAUGCUGAUGAUGCUACGGCGUGUUGGUACCAUAGCGCGAUGGAACAGACGAUUUCUCAAGAUGCAAUGCUUGAUUCCCACGCACACUGCGCGUUACGGGAUGCCGGGCGUCUUCAUAACGAAUUACGUCUCCUGGUUGGCAAUUUCGGUUCCGUGCAAACUAACAAACACUGA